GGAUCCGGCUAUUAUCGUUUACCUAAAAGAGCCGGCUCUUUGAACCGGCUCGUUCGCAACCGACACAUCACUAGAUCCGUGUGCUCUGGAUCGAUUGAGCAGCCUGGCCCGGAGCCAACACGAAGCAAAAUCCGGUCUGCUGUCUGUCAGACACCUUGAACCGAUCAUUACCGUUUUUCUAUCUCUCUCAUCUCCCUCACAGCAUUAACAGUUAACGCUAUAGUCCCGUUAAACGUUGUUAUAUUAGCUGUGUGUCUCUGCUAUAGCUGUGUCGCCAUUGAUUGAAUGCUGCGUUUGAGGACUGCCAGACAAACGAGGCUCGAUGAAGUGAGAGGAGUGCUGCUGCAGCCUUGCGUCAAAAAAAAGCCCAGCUAAAAGCUAAACCGUGCUAGGACAAAGUCAGCAAGGAAGACGGGUUAAACAGCCACGUUACCUCUCGGUAGCUAGGGUUAUUUUUGGCACGGUUGCUAUGCGUACACAUGCUCCGUUUUACUCGAGCUAGAUAGCAGCAACAUCUGUGCACCAGCUGUCAGUGUUUCAUAAGAAACUCUGUGUUUCAGAGGUUUCCUCUUUACUGAGCUACCUUGAAACACCUUUUAUACACUUUUCUGUGUAAAUAUAUAUAUAUCAUUUCGGUUUAAUUUGCGCAACGUCUUGAAUUUUUGAGGAGGGGCCUCAUAAGCUAACAUAUGAGGCCCAGUUGAAAAAAAGAUGGACCUGAAUUUUUAUUCGGAUUUAACGGACGGUACCGGGCAGCACGACGGGGAUCCAGAGUUCCUGGAUCCGCAGUCCUUCAAUGGAUUUGACACUGACAACAAGUUCCCUGGAGGCAGUGACAACUACUUGACAAUUUCUGGGUCCGGCCAUCCCUUCCUCUCCUCUUCAGAGUGUUCCACUAAACCCAUUGACCUCUUCAACCUCGCUGGAUCUGCUGGUGGAACGUUCCACACUCCCAGCCUCGGCGAUGAGGAGUUCGAGAUACCUCCCAUCUCUUUGGAUCCAGACUCGGCCCUCACCGUGUCGGAUGUGGUGUCCCACUUCGGGGAGCUGUCGGACACCGGCCCCUCCGACAGCGUGGUGGUGCCCGGGAACGCCGUGGUCGAAGGGGACGACCCCUCGUUCGCCUCCACUUUCGUCAACGCCCCCUCGCAGGGACUGGAGCACCUGAGUCUGGGAGUCAUCAACCAGUCAGGAGGAAGCGCUUUGUUGGGGUCGUCACUGGGAAUGGAUCUCGGUCAUCCCAUCGGCUCUCAGUUCAGCAGCUCGUCCCCGGUGACCAUCGACGUCCCGAUGGGUGACAUGAGCCAGGGCCUGCUGGGGUCCAACCAGCUGACUACUAUCGACCAGUCAGAGCUCAGCGCUCAACUGGGGCUCGGCUUGGGAGGCGGGAACAUGCUGCAACGCCCCCAGUCACCUGAUAACCCUCUCUCGGCCACGGCGUCUCCCACCAGCUCGCUCCAGGAUGACGACAUGGAUGACUUUAGAAGGAGCGUCCUGGUGGAGUCUCCCGUCUCUCUGGCCGUAUCUCCCGCUGUCAUCUCCCUCGACCCUACCCUGUCCGAGUCGCCGCUCUCUGCUCCCGCCUCCAGCGUCUCUCCAGCUGUCGGGCGGAAAGGCGGACCGAAGAAGCCGAAGAAGACGAAAGACCCCAACGAGCCUCAGAAACCUGUGUCGGCCUACGCUUUGUUCUUCAGGGACACACAGGCGGCUAUUAAGGGACAAAACCCCAAUGCUACAUUUGGAGAGGUGUCUAAGAUAGUGGCGUCCAUGUGGGACAGCCUGGGGGAGGAGCAGAAACAGGUUUACAAGAGGAAAAACGAAGCGGCAAAAAAAGAUUACUUGAAGGCGCUGGCAGAGUACAGAGCCGGCCAUGUUUCUCAGGCCCCUAUUGAAGUCAUGGACACCUCCCCAUCGCCCCCAUCACCCCCGGCUCCAGCCCCGGCUCCCGCUGUCAUAACCACGCCCCCCUCCGCCCUCGCCGCUCGCACCACCAGGUCCCAGCAUUACAACCCCGAGGAGAACACCAUCACCAACAUCUGCACCUCCAACAUCAUCCUGGACCUGCCUCAGGUCACCACGCGCUCCCGCACCGGCGCCAGCAAACCUCAACCUCCGCCCGCUCCCACCCCGCUGCACCCACUCACCGUCACCAAGAUCAUCAUCAAGCAGCUGCAGCUGCCCUCCGGCGUCGUAUCCGUCACGGCGACGGCCGCCUCCUCGCCGCGCCAGCCGCCGCCGCUGCAGCAGAUGCAGAGCACCUCUCUUCCGCCUCGGCUGCAGCAGAUGGGGCACGCCCAGGCCCCUCCGCCUCUGCAGGCCAAGCCACGGGGCGGAGGCGCAGCUGCUGCCACGGCUCCACCUCCGCUGCAGAUCAAGGUUGUCCCGACGCCGCGGCAGUCGGAUUCAAGUGCUCCGAUCAUUGUGACGUCAGAAACGCCCAAGUCGGUGUCUUCCUCAGGUCUGACAGUGGAGGUGGGACAGUCGGCUGAUGUGGUAUCGGGAGCAGAGGACGUGGCGGAGGCAGAGGAAGGGAUGGAGGUUGAGGUGAACGUAGCCCCCGCCCCCAGCGUGACUCACGCCGCCAGCCGUAACAUUUGUGUGCGCGCCGGCUGCACCAAGCCGGCUGUGGAGAGCAAAGACUGGGACAAGGAGUACUGUAGCAACGAGUGUGUCGCCACACACUGCAGAGAUGUGUUCAUGGCCUGGUGCGCCAUCCGAGGGCAAAACUUCACCACCGUCACAUAGGGAACGGACACAUCUGACGGAAGAGGAGGAGUGCAACACAGAGAGAAACGGACAAAGAAUAACACAUGAAAUGCAAAAUGAACAGAGGAAUGAAUGAGCAGGCUCAGGUAUCAGCACAUAAUGGUCUGUUUUUAUCAUCUUGAUGACGACAACAAAGACGAGACAGUCGCAGGAAAGUGUUUGAAAAUCACUACAAUGUACUUUUCUGUACGUUCACGCGGCACAAACGGCUCUCCGGCAGAAAAACAAAAAACUGGAAAUACUGCAGUGGGAAUGACGGCUCACAGUAAGGAGAGAUGGAUGAAUAAUAAUAUUGGAGAAAAAGCAGAAGAAGAAACUUCCAGUUGAUCAUUGUGAAUCUGAAAUAUGGGCUUGAUAAAAAAAAAAAAAAAAGAGCAUUUUUUUAUGGACUUAUAGUGUUUUUAAUUGUUUUGAAAAGAAAAGAAAAGUGCAGGAAUCAUGAGUUCAUUUUAUUCAUUUCAAAAAUCAAACUUCAGAUGUGUACGCUCUUCCCUUUACUGUUACAUUGAGGAUUGAUUAGUGUGAAUGAAAUCUAAGGAGCAAUUUGUUUUGUUUAAUUGUUCUUCGUAAUGUUCGGGUGCUUCGGCGUUGAGAGGGUCAGUGGCUACUUCAGAGAUUUAACGUAUAAAUGAGCAACAACUGGGCAAAGCACAAAUAGUCUUAAAGGUAGUUUGGAGUCAUACUAAAGGGUAAAAUGUUUUUAGGAAGCUAUUUUGAGAUGACGUGGAAGUUAAUCUGCCGUUUGUCACCUUUAUAAGCCACUUUGGGAGGAGGGGGGGAAUAAACGAACAUCAUGCAAAGGAUUUUAAUUCACACUUUCAAAACAGGUGCUAAAAUUCAGGAGAAAGAACUCUAGCGUUCUCUGUUCUCCUCUCCUGCUGAAAUACCCCGCAACAUAAGAGCUUUUUAAAUAUGUGGUGCAUAUUUUGUUUUAUGAGGAACAUUUGUGGUUCAAUUUGGUGAAAAAAUAUUGGAAUGAAAUAAAACACACAACCAGCUCUGACAACACUACUGUAAAGGGGAAAGGGAAUACAAUAUAAAAAGCUUUACUUUCUAACAUAACAGUGUUUAAUUUAAUUUAAGAAAGAUUGCUUUCAGGUCUGUUGAAAAAUCAAGGAAGGGGGAAUGGUUGCUUCCAAAAAAAAAACUGUUCCCAGUCAGAUGAAAUGAUGCCGUGAUCUGGUCUGGUUUACUGUAGAUAUCCUGGAAAUGUUUUUAAUGGUGAAAUAAAAUAUUUUAUGUUUUAAUAUA